AUUAAAUUGAAAACCACCCUUUACAUGUGAAAACUGUAUAAACAAUGCUGAAAUAAAAAGUAAAUUACAAAAAAUAAACAAAAAUUUCUAUCAGAAUUAACCUCCAGGUGUUAAUUUAUGUUUUUACAUUUUAAAAUUUGAUUUUAACACAAAACAAAAUCUAAAUAUUUGCAAAAACAUCCAUGCUAACUCAAUUUCCCAUGAUCCUUUGCUCGACUCCGCAGUGAUGUGGGGUGUGGUGGUUGAAUGACUGUGUGCGCGUGUUUUUCUGCGUGCAGGAGCGUUCCAGUUCGGAGCAUCUCGGAGCGGCGGAGAACUGGGAGAUGCGGAGAGCCAGGAGUGGCGCUCCUGCCGACCGAGAAGAGUCUGCGCGACGGGAGGACGAUGAGUGAACGCACCCGCGUCUGUACCGGCUGUGUAGGAUUCUCAUUCAGGGACGGGAUCCGGCCGUUAAGGUAGAGCUGAGCGAGGCGUCGAAACAGAACGCGAGGAGAUCCGAGCAUCCGCCUGAUGGAAUACUGACUGACAUUAUAGAUAAUGCACAGUGAUGGUCGGUAUUUUUCAUCUUAACUGUCAAUUUUGAUCAUUGAGACAUCAGGAACACUGAGGAAUGAAUUAAAAUGACAGAGAAAUGAGAUUCUGACUUACAAGGAUCCACAAAGGUUUUUGCUUUCAUUCAAAGAUAUAAUCUGGAUUUUUGUCGGCUGUAAUAACAAACGAAUCUCAUCAUGUCAAAAAACAAGAGCAGUGAGUCAGUGAAGGUGGUCGUUCGAUGUCGUCCGUUGAACCGGAAAGAGGAGUCCUCUGGGCCUGUAGGGGGGAUCGUGCAGAUGGAUCUGCGGCUCGGACAGGUGAUCCUCAGAAACCCCCGCGCCUCACCAAGCGAGCCCCAGAAAACCUUCACGUUCGAUGCGGUCUACGAUGCCAACUCCAAACAGCGAGACCUGUAUGAUGAAAGCGUACGGCCUCUGAUAGACUCAGUCCUGGCGGGGUUCAAUGGUACCAUCUUUGCCUACGGGCAAACCGGAACUGGGAAGACCUACACCAUGCAGGGAGCCUGGCUGGAUCCAGAAAAACGAGGUGUGAUUCCCAACGCCUUUGACCACAUCUUCACCCACAUCUCCCGCUCCCAGUCCGACAAGCAGUACCUGGUCCGAGCGUCAUACCUUGAGAUCUACCGAGAGGAGAUUCGUGACCUCCUGGAUCCAAACCACAGCACUGCUAAAGGCCUGGAUCUCAGGGAGAAUCCAGAGACAGGCGUGUAUGUUCCGGAUCUCACGUCGUGUGUCUGCAAGAGCAUCAAAGAGAUCGAGGAGGUGAUGAACGUUGGCAAUCAGGCGAGGGCGGUUGGAGCAACAGACAUGAACGAGCAUUCAUCCAGGUCCCAUGCCUUGUUCCUGAUCACGGUUGAGUGCAGCCAGCCUGGCCCAGAUGGAAGAAAGCAUAUCAGAGUUGGACGCCUGAACCUGGUGGACUUGGCGGGGAGUGAACGCCAAGCCAAGACCGGUGUCCACGGAGAGCGCUUGAAGGAAGCCGCAAAGAUCAACCUGUCGUUGUCAGCUCUUGGGAACGUCAUUUCGGCAUUGGCAGAUGGACGCAGCGGCCACGUACCGUACCGAGACUCCAAGCUGACACGCCUCCUGCAGGACUCUUUGGGUGGGAAUGCCAAAACCGUCAUGGUCGCAACACUUGGCCCGGCCCCCGCACACUACGACGAGACCCUCACUACACUCCGUUAUGCCAACCGUGCCAAGAACAUUCAAAACCAACCCAAAGUCAACGAGGACCCCAAAGACGCUCUCCUGCGCGAGUUCCAGAAGGAGAUCGCUCGGCUCAAGGCUCAGCUCAACCACAGGAGGUGGAGGAGCAAACAGAAGAAGGAGCAGGUGGACGGUGAGGACUGGGGGAGAGACAGUGAUGAAGAAAUGGAGGAUGAGGAAGAGGUGGUGGAGACGGAGACAGAGGAGUACCUGAAGCUGGAGGAGCAACGGCUGGAGAGGGAGGAGGAGGCCAUCACAGAGGACCAGUUCCUGCUGGCCGAGGAGAAGCAGAAACUACUGGGAGAUCUGAGGAAGGAGCAGGAGGCCGCGGAGCAGCUGACUGCAAAGUACAAGGCGAUGGAGAGCAAGCUCCUGGUUGGUGGGAAGAACAUCAUAGAUCACACCAACGAGCAGCAGAAGAUGCUGGAGGUGAAGAGGCAGGAGAUUGCCGAGCAGACUCGUAAGGAGAGGGAAAUCCAGCAGCAGAUGUUGGUCCAGGAUGAAGAGACGCUGGAGCUGAGGGAGACCUUCACCUCUCUCCAACAGGAAGUCGAGGCAAAGACCAAAAAGCUCAAGAAGCUGUACUCCAAGCUGCAGUGCAUCAAGGCGGAGAUCAAGGACAUGAACGACGAGCACGUGGGGAGCCGGCAGGAGCUGGAGCAAACCCAGAACGAGCUCACCAGAGAGCUCAAGUUCAAGUAUUUGAUCAUCGAGAACUUCAUUCCUCCGGAGGAGAAGAAUAAGAUCAUGAACCGGCUGACCUUCGACCCGGAGGAGGAUCAGUGGAACUUCCAGCCUCUCGUUCCUGCUCAGAGUAAAUUCUCACAGAUGAAGAAAAGGCCGGCGUCUGCAGUCGGGUAUAAACGACCCAUCAGCCAGUUUGCCAGGGUUGCCAUAGCGAUGGGAGCUCACUCCAGAUACAGGGCGGAGAACAUAAUGUUUCUGGAGCUGGACAUGUGUCCUCCAAACCCAUCCCCUCUGGACUGCUCAGUGGAGGCGGAUCCGAACCAAACUCCAUCACUGGAAAACUCUCCCACCAGGAACAGAGACAUUCACAAGUCCAGCUCCUGGUGUCAGUCGCAGAAAUCCAUCACCACUUCCUCGUCUAACAACUCUUUGGCAGCAUGUCCCGCGGCCGCAUCGGCACAGUGAAGCUUUAUGGAAAAUACUGUUUUUUUAAUGUUAUUUAUUUAUAUUUGCUUUGCAUCUUAUUCCUUUUGGAGGCCAGUAAUCCCACAAACAACAUGGAAGUAAGGCAUUGCCAUUAAUUUAUCUGGCUAUAAGGUGUGACAUUGUUCAACAAAGGAAAUUUUAUCAAAUGUUUUAUGCCUCAAAAGAGUUUAAUUUAAUCGUUUUUUUUAAGUCUUUUGUGUGUUUAACACUGUUUUUCUACCAUGAGUUGUUGAGAUUAUCAUCGUCUGGUGUGGAUUUUGUAUUUGGACACAUCUUUGUCUGAUCCCAGUCAGGGAGGUCAACUGGGCCCCGUUUGGAAGUGUCAGAAAAAGUGGGUUCAAAAUGGGUUUGUCAAUAUUUUCUGUAGCGGCCCCACCUGUGUUUGCUCACAUAGUGGGUAGGCUUGCUACGCUAGCGAGCCACCUGGUGGACAGCCUAAUCGUCUACUAGCAAGCUUUGCUGCAUCGAGCUAGCGAGCUUGGCUAUAUUGAGCUACCAAGCUCCAUUGUGUUGAGCCAGCGACCUCUCCUGUAGUGAGCUAGUAAGCUCCGCUGUAGCAUGCUAGCGAGCUCCUCUGUAGCUAACUAGCGAGCUCCACUGAAUUGAGCUAGUGACCUUCCUUGUAGUGAACUAGCGAGCUCCUGUGUAGCGAGCUCCGCUAUAUCGAGCUAGCACCCUUCUCUGUAGCGAGCUAUGUUGAAUCAUGCUAGUGAGCUCAUCUGUAGCAAGCUAGCGAGCUCCGCUUCAUUGAGCUAGCAAGCGCCGCUGUAGCAAGCUAGGAAGUUCUGCUGUCCGCUGGGCGGCUGGCUAGCAUAGCGACCCAAUGAGUGUCCACUUAAGCCAAUUUGGGCAAACACAGGCGGGGCCACCAUAGAAACUGUGGACAAACCCAUUUGGGGCCCACAUUUUCUGCCACUUUUAAACCACAUGGGGCCCAGUUGGUCUUGCUGGCUUGGAUAUGCAAGAAAGUCCAGAACAAACAGGGUUCUUAUAUGUUUUCCUUGUUGCUGUGGUGAUGACUCUUACUGGCAUGAUUGGUUACUUAAAGCAAGGAUUAAAAAGAAGUCUAAAAGCAACCAAAACCAGAAGUCUACCAAGCCUCAGAACUGUACAGAAAAGCCGACCAACAGACUCCUCCAUUCUCCUCAUCGCCAUGGAGAUGACUCACUUUAGCCUGAAUGGUUACCCAAAACGAGUGCCAGGAUGGACUGGAGAAAAAGAGAAAACAAACCUAAAAGCACCAGUGACUCCUCAGAAACGUUCCUUCAGGAUCCUGCAUGUUUGAGGCCAGGAGGAGCUUUUGAGCGCGAGUAACAAGUCCAUUUAGUCCUCACAGGAAUCCCUGUAGAUACUUCAUGUCAUCCAAGAAGAUGUUUUGAUCUGAUUCUAAAAUCAUCUGUUUCCCGUGCUGUAAGACCUGAAUAAGAAGCUUCAUCCACAACGAACAAAAGCACCCUUAGAAAUGAAGAAUCGAGGCUUUUUACGGGCUCUUUGAGGGAUACUUCCUGAGGAACUUGUUGGAGGUUUAAAGGGUCAAACGGACAAACGCUCGUCUGGAUUAUUGAUGCAGCAGAUCCGGUGUCCGCUCUGCAGAGGAUCGGUUACUUUCACUGCGAACCUGAAACUGCUGAGGUCCUCCUGAAGGAUUCUCCAAAUGUAAAAGCUAAAUGUAAAUAAGACAACAACACAACUGAGUGAGAAAUGAAUUCAUGUCAGUUUCUGCCCUUUUGUUCUCUUCCAUGUCUUCUGUCAGAUGGGUAGUCACCUCUCACUGACGUAACACUCAUACAAACACGGCACUGGAGGCUUUGUUAAGCUUUUUUAAACUGUAUUAUUAUUUACCCAAACAGCUGGACUAUCAUCUUAUUUAUUUAUUUAUUAUAAAAAGCUCAGCCCCUCACACUAUGGUACCAUAGCAACUGUGCACGUUUGGGGUCAAUCCAUAAAUGGGAUUAGUUUCACCUGAAGACUUGAAAAAGUGUAUUUUGGAGUUAGGAUUUCACCUAAAUGAUGUCAAAAUAUAGCAAUUUGACAACUUUGAAUACUUUCAAAUCCCAUUUACAAAACAGUUACAGCUUCAAAUUUGCUCUUUAAACUUUAAAGUCCCAUUUGAUCUUAUUUUGACAAGAGUUCCCAGUUGAUUAUGAUUUAUCAUUUUAGCCAAACAAAUAAAAUAAAAAAAAGGUAAUUUUGUUUGACAUAAUUUAUUGCAGAGCAGCAUGAGCUCAUUAGAAAUAUGCCCAAAUUUCCAAAAGUCUUUUUUAAGUUUCAUUUUUUUAACGUUGGUUUCUAAAGAGAAUUAUCUAACAUACUUUGCGGUAGACGCAUCUCUUAGCCUCAGACAGUUAAAAAACGUCAUGGUUGCUAUGGUUUUUUAUGAUUUCAUUCCUCCUGCACUGUUAGGGAGCAGGGAUGACUAAGGGCAGCAGUGGAAGGGAGAGUCAUUCUACAGUCUAUUACCAAAAGUAUUGGCUCACCUGUCUUGACUCACAUAUAAACGGAAGUGCUAUCCCAUUCCUAACCUGUAUCCAGCCAGCGAGGCCGCCCGUACCCCGUAUGGUUUAAAAGGGCAGAAAUUGUGGCCCCAAUUGGGUUUGUCCACAGUUUCUGUGGUGGCCCCACCUGUGUUUGCCCAAAUUGGCUUAAGUGGGUGGGCUCGCUAUGCUAGCCAGCUGUGCCGUGGAAAGCGUAGCUUGCUGGCUUGCUACAGCGGGGCAUGCUAGCUCGAUACAGUGGAUAUCGCUGGCUUGCUACAGAUAAGCUCACUAGCACACUACAGGGGAGCAUGCUAGUAUGCUACAGAGGAGCUCGCUAGCAUGCUACAGUGGAGCUUGCUAGCAUGCUACAGUGGAGCUUGCUAGCAUGCUACAGUGGAGCUUGCUGGUAUGCUUCAGCGGAGAUGCUAGCUCGUCACAGAAGAGCUCGCUAGCAUGCUACAGUGGAGAUUGCUAGCUUGCUACAGAGGAGCUUGCUAGCAUGCUACAAAGAAGCUUGCGAGCUUGCUGCAGAGGAGCUUGCUAGCAUGCUACAAAGAAGCUUGCGAGCUUGCUGCAGAGGAGCUUGCUGGUAUGCUCCAGCGGAGAUGCUAGCUCAUCACAGAAGAGCUCGCUAGCAUGCUACAGUGGAACUUGCUAGCUCGCUAAAGAGGAGCUCACUAGGUUAAAUUUCAGGACUGGAUUUGUUGCACAGGUGGCAUCAUACAGUUCCACUCUGGAAGUCACUGAGCUCCUGAGAGCGUAACAUUCUUUCACAAAUGUUUGUUAAAACAGCCAGAGGACUUGAUUUUACACACUUAGGACACCUAAUUCUGAUCAUUUGGAUGGGUGAGCCAAUACUUUGGGUAACAGUGUAUCUGUGUCCGUCCAUGUGAGUCAAUAUCUGCACUUCAGGAACUAGGAAAGGUCAAAUCCUGCUACAGAAAUGUGGACAAAACAGUCGACGUUUGCUCGGGUUUCCUCUAUACGUAUUUGAAUUUUGAUCUAUGGACAAACAAAUGCAGUUUUCCGCUUCGUUUGUAAAAUGUUGUGUGGCGGUCCUGAAUACAUGAAUGAGAGAGGGUGGUGGGGGCAGGGAUGCUGAUGGGAGAAGGUGGGGGGCAGAUGCUGGGAAUCCAGAGGCAUGUGGGGAAGAACUGCAGACGAGGCGGAUAUGGAGCCUGUUUCCAUGGUAACCAUGCAGUGGGGUGGAACACAGACAGGGUUAAUGGAGGUUUGUGUGUCAGUAUGUUAAUUUGUGUGUCAGACUGAGCUGUUGUCUGAUUACGAGGAAAAAACAAAAUCAUCAAAUGAAGACGUUGUAAUGGCCGCCUGAUGAUGGAUCUCGCUUCCUUCUCUUUGUCUAAUAAAUGAGGUGAUGGUUUA